GGCUCGGCGCCGGGUCAUUGUGGGGCCGGGCGACCCGCGCUUGGGAGAAGAGAAGUUCCGGUGGGCGGCGGCCAUUGUUGCCAACAACGACGCCAAAUACCAAAUCAACAAGGACCGCGCCGAGGACUACAGCCGCGCGGCCGAGUCGCCGCUCCGCUGGUCUGUGGCCCUGGACGCGCCGUCCGCCGAGGUUCUGCAGACGCAUGAGUGCGACAAGGCCGCGCGGGUCCGGUGGCUCCAGUAUCACGACCGGGACACCGAGAACCUCUCCGGCAUGCUGCCGCUAGCCGUCGGGAUGCGCGUGGUCUUGGCCGACCACCUCGAUUGCGCCGAGGACAAGCUCCUCCUCCGAGGCAGCGCCGGCCGCAUCCACUCCUGGGUCUGGAAGGAGAACGACCUGCGGCCGACUUGCGUCUAUGUGAAGUUUGACGGGGCAACCUGGCAGCUCGACGGGGCGCCGGAGCCCGGCCUCUACCCGGUCUACCCCGCCCGCAAGGUCUGGAAGCUGGACGCCAAGCGCAAGAAGCCGGUGCUCAAGAUCGCGCGGACGCAGCUGCCGCUGGCCCCGGCCUACGCGAUCACGGCCCACGGCAGCCAGGGCAAGACGCUGCCUGCGGCGCUAGUGGACUUCAACGUCGACAAGCGGACCGACGUGACCUUUGGGACCGUGGCUGCGAGCAGGGUCCGCUCCAGGGAGGCCGUUCGAGCGCUGGCUCUACACCCGUGGCGCGCCGGGAGCCCGGCGCUCCUGCUGCAGCAACUGCGAGGCGAGGAGGUGAAUUGGGAAGCCUUCAGGGAGGCGAAGGCGCCCUCCGCGGCGUGCGAGAAACGCAAAGAGGCCAAGACGCUGGACUACUUCUCCGAUCGGCAGUGGGAGCGCGUCCGGGCCAACCGCUCGGCCAUUUGCCUUGCCUGCGGCCCCGGCAAGGGCGAGCAGAAGGCGCUGAAGCGGAAGCUGCCCUCCGGCCUGGCGCGCUUGGACUGCCGCGGGUGUAAAUUCCGGAAGCUGGAGGACGCUUUCCCACGGGCGCAGCUUCAGCAGGACGAUUCUGAGGCGAAGCGCCGCUGUCUCAAGUGUUUGAAGGAAGUUGACAUUUUGGAGUGCUCCGUCUGCGAAAGCACGAAGCAGAUCUCCGAAUUCAACAGCGCGAUGGCGACCAUGCCGUGGGCGGCGGUUUGCGCUGAUUGCGCGGCCGACGUGAGAAGGCAGCCUAAGUGGGGCCGGCUGGUUCACUUGCCGGACUUGCGACUUGUUCUUUCCGGGGGCCGGCGCUGCGGAGCACAACGUCCUCCCCUCGUCGGCCCGCAGCCAGCGCUGUUUGAAUUGCGCUUCGCGCGGCUCUUGGGCUAA